AUGUCGAGGUCAUCUGCUGCACUACAGCAAUGGCUUAACUUCCGCCAAAGCUUCUCCUCCGCAUCCCCCACCAUCCUAAAUCUACGCGCAAACAACCUCCUCACACCACCAACCCGGCUUGCGUUCACAACCACUCGCUAUGGCACCGCCACGUUGAGACGACCAUUCCACAGUACCCAAUACCGAUCAGCGAAAGGCAAAUCCGCGAGACCUGCGCCCGCACUACGAAGGAAAAUGAGAGACUCCGAAGCCGGUCUGGAGCCGGCCUGGCAGGGCAAAGAUGGUGUCGGCCUUAUAAAUAACAAGGGCUUUUAUAUGGAUUCUUUAUCUGUGGAUGCUCCAGAGCUCAUCGCGAUGUUUAAAGAGUGGUCAGAGUCUCUCUAUGCCGACGCUUCUAGCUAUGGGCUUCUCGAGAAUAUCAGUUUCCGUACAUUUGAGGACGUUGCUAUCAAGGUCUUCGAUGUGAUUGAUGGUCCACCGAAUCCACACAGAAUUCGGUCCAUAUCAACAGAUGUCGAUGCCGUCUUUCGAAUUGGAUUCGUUGCCUGCGCUGUACACAGGCCACUUCUCGAAUGGGUCACCUCUGCGUGUGCACUAGCAGGUGCACGCCAUUCCAUUGUCCUAAUUCAGGGUAGAUCGGUCUCAUGGACGAAAGCCACCCAGCGCACGAAAUGGACAGACAUGGUCAAACAAUUCUCAGACGAGGGGUUCCCACCAGCAAUGAUCCUCCAAGCCAAAAUUCUCGGUAUGAAUGGGGAAUAUGAACAAGCCUUUGAACUGAUGGAAAAGCGAGUCCUGCCAUAUCUCACGCCAACCCGUCGUCGCCAGGGCCUCUUCAAGGAUAUCACCAUGGGUGAUAAUUUCGAGUCCCCGUGGAGAGUAUACGCGCUGCUUCUUGCGUCGUAUGAUGCUAAUUUUGACUCACCAGAGAGUCGAAGGAAAGCAGAUGAUGCAACCCGCAUCGCGGCGUUGGAGUAUAAUGACCGCAAGGCAUUAGUCGAGUAUGCCUCGAUUAUGAUGAACGAGAAAAACUACGACAAAUACGAGGAAUGUAUGUGCAGGGCUGCUACAUUCGGAGACAAGGAUGCUAUCCUCUACAUUGCAAAUUACUACUACCAAAUCUUCCAUGGUCGGUAUCCUACAACAGCGGAGCGCGUUGCACUCGCCAAAGCAGAAGCCCAGGGUCAACAGGCACCUCCAACUCCAGCGAAACCUCUGGCUACUCCCGAAGACACACAAAGCUCGAAUAUCUUCAAGUCAGCACUGGGCUGGGCAUCAUCCUUCUUCAAUCAAUCCAUGUCUCGCGAAGACUACCGCAAACUAGCGUUGGACUGGUACGCCCUAGGAUUCAAGCACUCCAUCCCGCAGGCGUCGUUUAUGUUAGCGCUCAUGGCGCGGGAACAAGGGGAAGAAAUGGAUGGGAGUAUUAUUAUGGACCAUGCUCGCACGCAUUUGGAGGAUCAUCCGGAGUUUGCGAAGAAGAUUGACGAGUUGAGGGAUAAUUGGUAUGAUCCGACGUAUGUGCCUAGACUUACGAGUAAGAUGUUGGCUGUUCGGUAG